UUUUAGUUCCAUUGACGAGAUGGAGUUGUGUUAGAUUUGAUACAAAAAAAGUGCUUCUCUUUUACAGACCUUUCUUUCUUCAUUCAUUUACUCACUCUUUUUGGUGAUCGAUCUUGAAACAAGCUCAGAUAGCUAGCCUUUCAGAGUUGUGAACCGCGCUCAGAUCUGUGAUCCUUCUGUCUUUGUUCAAUUAAUUAAUAUCAUGGCCGAGGUAAAGCAGUACCAAAACCGAGACGUGAAGAAUUGGCUUGAUGAUCUCAAACACGAGGUAUAUGAAGUAGACCAACUUCUAGAUGUGAUUUCUACUGACGCACAACCAAAGGGCAGGAUGCAACACUUUCUUUCACUUUUUAGUAAUCGAGGAUUUGAGGCUAGGAUUGAAGCAUUGAUACAGAAGGUAGAGUUUCUUGCAGAGAAACAGGAUAGAUUGGGACUUCAAGCAAGUAAUAAAGAUGGAGUCACUCCGCAGAUAUUUCCAAAUGCAUUUUGGGUGGAUGAUGAUUGUACCAUAUAUGGUAGAGAGCAUGAGAAAGAGGAAAUAAUUGAAUUUUUACUAUCAGACAGUGACAGUGAUGCUGACAACCGGGUACCCAUAAUCAGUAUAGUUGGUCUUAUUGGGAUAGGUAAUACGACCCUUGCGCAACUUGUUUACAAUGAUCAUAAGAUGAUGGAGCAUGUGGAACUUAAAGCUUGGGUCCAUGAUUCAGAAUCUUUUGAUCUUGUUGGUCUCACCAAAUCAAUUCUCAGGUCAUUUUGUUCUCCACCAAAAAGUAAAAACUUGGAAAUACUCCAACGUCAAUUGUUACUGUUGCUAAUGGGCAAGAAAUAUUUGCUUGUUCUUGACUGUGUUUAUAAAAGGAACGGAGAAUUUUUGGAGCAGUUACUGUUUCCUUUUAACCAUGGAUCUUCUCAAGGCAAGAUAAUCUUGACAACAUAUGACAAGGAAGUAGCAUCAAUCAUGAGAUCCACCCGGCUACUUGAUUUAAAGCAAUUAGAAGAGAGUGGUUGUAGGAGUUUAUUUGUGAGUCAUGCUUUUCAUGAUAGGAAUGCGAGUCAACAUCCAAAUCUUGAAAUUAUUGGCAAGAAAAUAGUAGACAAAUGUGGAGGGUUGCCUUUAACUGUGACAGAAAUGGGUAAUCUCUUGCGUAGAAGAUUCUCUAAACGUGAGUGGGUUAAGAUAAUGGAGACUGAUUUGUGGUGUUUAGCAGAAGUUGGAUUUAACAUGAUCCCGAUACUGAGAAUGAGUUACCUUAAUCUCUCUUCAAAUCUGAAGCAUUGUUUUGCUUACUGUUCCAUAUUUCCCAAGGGCUAUGAGUUUGAGAAGGGUGAAUUAAUCAAGCUUUGGAUGGCAGAAGGUUUGCUGAAGUGUUGUGGAAGAGACAAAAGUGAAGAAGAGUUGGGUAAUGAAUUUUUCAAUGAUCUAGUGUCAAUAUCAUUUUUCCAACGAUCAGUAAUUAUGCCACGAUGGGCAGGUAAGCACUACUUUGUCAUGCAUGAUCUUGUCAAUGAUUUAGCAAAAUCAGUGUCGGGAGAAUUCCGCUUCCGAAUAGAGAGUGAAAACGUGCAAGAUAUCCCUAAAAGGACACGUCAUAUUUGGUGCUGCCUUGAUUUGGAAGAUGGUGAUAGAAAACUAAAGCAGAUUCAUAAAAUUAAAGGACUACACAGUCUGAUGGUAGAAGCACAAGGCUAUGGUGACAAACGCUAUAAGAUAGGCAUCGAUGUGCAACGUAAUUUGUAUUCAAGACUACAAUAUUUGCGGAUGUUAUCUUUCCAUGGUUGCAGUCUCUCGGAGCUAGCAGAUGAGAUAAGAAAUUUAAAGCUUCUGCGCUAUCUAGAUCUUUCGUACACUGAGAUUACAAGCUUACCGAUUUCCGUUUGUAUGAUAUAUAAUUUACAGACACUCUUAUUGGAAGAAUGUUGGAAAUUGACUGAGCUCCCUUUAGAUUUUGGCAAACUCGUCAACUUACGCCAUCUUAAUCUGAAAGGCACUCAUAUUAAGAAGAUGCCAACAAAAAUAGGAGGGUUAAACAAUCUUGAGAUGCUGACUGAUUUUGUUGUGGGGGAGAAGUGUGGAUCUGAUAUUAAGCAGUUGGCGGAACUCAAUUAUAUUCAAGGAAGGCUCCAAAUUUCAGGGUUGAAAAAUGUCAUUGAUCCUGCAGAUGCUGUGGCAGCAAAUUUGAAAGAUAAGAAACAUUUAGAAGAACUAAGUUUGUCAUAUGAUGAAUGGAGAGAUAUGAAUCUGUCAGUAACUGAAGCACAAAUCUCUAUCUUGGAGGCUCUUCAACCAAAUAGAAAUCUCAUGAGGCUCACCAUCAAAGACUAUGGAGGCAGUAGCUUUCCAUAUUGGCUUGGAGAUUAUCAUUUACCAAAUUUAGUAUCUCUUGAAUUGUUGGGAUGUAAACUCCGUUCCCAGUUGCCGCCACUUGGGCAGUUCCCCUCUCUCAAGAAGCUUUUUAUUUCAGGCUGUGAUGGAAUAGAAAUCAUUGGUACAGAGUUCUAUGGCUACAAUUCAUCAAAUGUUUCAUUUAAAUCCCUUGAAACUUUGCGAUUUGAGCACAUGUCCGAAUGGAAGGAAUGGUUAUGUCUUGAAUGUUUCCCUUUGCUUCAAGAGCUUUGUAUAAAACAUUGUCCCAAGUUGAAAAGUUCCCUGCCUCAACACCUUCCUUCUUUGCAAAAAUUGGAGAUUAUUGAUUGCCAAGAGUUGGCGGCUUCAAUUCCGAUGGCUGCUAAUAUCAGUGAGCUAGAACUAAAGAGAUGUGAUGACAUAUUGAUAAAUGAGUUGCCAGCUACCUUGAAAAGAGUCAUCCUUUGUGGAACUCAGGUCAUUCGAUCCUCCCUAGAGCAAAUUUUAUUUAACUGUGCCAUUCUUGAAGAAUUGGAAGUUGAAGACUUCUUUGGUCCAAAUCUAGAAUGGUCCUCUUUGGACAUGUGUAGCUGUAAUUCUCUUCGUGCUUUAACUAUAACAGGUUGGCACUCUUCCUCAUUUCCUUUUACACUACAAUUGUUCACCAAUCUUCAUUCUCUCGCGUUGUAUGAGUGUCCAUGGCUGGAAUCAUUUUUUGGGAGGCAGUUGCCUUCCAACCUAGGCAGCCUCCGAAUAGAAAGAUGUCCAAACUUGACGGCUUCUAGAGAGGAGUGGGGUUUGUUCCAACUCAAUUCUCUAAAACAAUUAUGUGUUAGUGAUGAUUUGAAUAUCUUGGAGUCCUUUCCAGAGGAGAGUCUGCUGCCAUCAACUAUUAAAUCUCUCGAGUUGACAAAUUGUUCCAACCUAAAAAUAAUAAACUACAAGGGUCUUCUCCACCUCACUUCGCUUGAAUCUCUAUAUAUUGAAGAUUGCCCUUGUCUUGAACGCUUGCCGGAGGAGGAUCUACCCAGCUCCCUUUCUACUUUGUCCAUUCAUGACUGUCCAUUACUUAAGAAAUUGUACCAAAUGGAGCAAGGAGAGCGUUGGCAUAGAAUUUGUCACAUCCCUUCCGUGACAAUUUCUUGAUUUGAGGCUGAGAUCAGAUGUUAUUGUAUCCAGCUUACAUGUGACCUGAAACCAUGCUGUUGGUGCCAUCCAUUCCCAUUCGUGACCAGAUGAAUGGCACGACCACUGCUCUUACACGUAACCAGAAGGAUGUCACUGUUGUCUGUUUGUUCCACAUCCACAAAACACAUGCUUGGUUUAAUUGUAGGCACCCCAUUUGGAUAUGAGUUCACUGCUGAGGCUUGAUGCGUUUGUAAUUCUUUUUAAUAUAAUUCACUAUAUAAUCCCAUCUUCGUUAUUCUUGUGACUGUUUCCCAUAAAAUCCAAGUUCCCUGCUUCAGCACUAAUGAAGGCUCAUCUGGUCCAGUACCUCUUUCUUUUAAUGAAUUUCUGUAAUUUUCAUUUGGCCGAGAAUAAUGUAGAUCAAUUAUGUGAACCACCUUUUCACAUUCCGUAUAUUCAACAAAAUUUGGUUCAGGUUACACUUUAAAGAUAGUCAUGUCUAUUCAGAAGUAUUUCAAUAUUAUUAUGUAGAUCAAUUAUGUUUGUUUA